AUGUCACCCAUACUACCUCAGGAACUCAUAGAUGUGGCCAUCAACCAUCUCUGGAACGACAUUCGAGCUCUCGCCGCUUGUGCUCUCACAUGUCACGCAUGUCUCCACUCGGCACGGACCCACCUCUUCCGCGAUCAACGCCUCACUGGCUCAAAAGACUACGAACGUUUCGCGUCCCUGCUGGAACGCUUCCCGGAGGUCACGCGUUAUGUCCACAAGCUCUCAGUCACCGAGCCAACAAGCAACUCGUAUGCCCAACCAUGGGUGAACCAUAUCUCGGGCCUCAUCGUGCAGCUCACUCGGCUCGCGUCUCUCGAGCUCAUCGGCCUCCGCUACGUUUCGCUGGCACACUGCGCACCAGAGACGCUCGCCGCGUUCGGGCAGCUCAGCGAGCUCGUCUUCGCCGACGUGCACUUCGACCACUUCGCCGACGUCCACAAGCUCCUCGCAGCCGCGCGCAACGUCGACAGUCUCUGCUUCUACCGCGUCGGCUGGGCCCACGCGACAGGCACCCCGCCGUUCGAAGAAGCGCCUGCUCCCCCACCCACUCCUCUCCGCCUCCGCAGGCUUGUCAUCGACUCAUGGGCGGCGUCGCUCAUGUUGCGCGAAUGGGUGCUACCAUGCGCCGAGCAGGGCGACUUCGCGAUCAAGUCGCUCAUGGUGCGGUGGAGGGAGCGGGACGCGAUGGACGUACUCGACUCGCUGCUUCGGGUUUGCGGGUCGGCUUUGGAGCACCUGUACCUUGAGCUGCCGUCAAUGACCGAAGAGUUUUCGAACGUGCCCACGCUCGGGCUCAACACCGGACUUCGCACAUUGGAGAUCGACGGAUUGGUGCUGCCGGGCUGGGCGGGCUGGGCAUCGUCGCUGCUCGCAGGGUUGCGGACUGUGCAGCUGGAGAAGCUAGUGGUCUCCAUGCUCGUACUUCGCAACGACGUGCUCCCGAGCUUCGAAUGGGGUCAGCUGGACGAUGUGCUCGCCCUCCCGCAAUUCGCUACCGUUGCGCUCGCCGUCACCGUCAACCGCGCGCUUCACCCAAACAACGAUCCAGCUGCAAUGCGCGACGCUGUGAUGGCGCAUCUCCCCCGCGUGCACCACCGCGGCCGGCUCUCCAUCAGCUGCUCCUAA